GGAACGUCAUUUCCCACAAUUCACACUUCCGCAUUCGUGCUCGACCAAACGGUGUCUCCGGUUGACAAGCAGGAAGAAGGCGAGCCCCUCUCAGCUAGCAAGUCGACUGCGAGAACUGGAGAGAGCUCUGUCCGUAGCUGCGGACGGUUCUGGCGAUGAAAGGUGUGUGUAAGCGCUCGCCGUAACAGCGAUGGAUGAAGAACGCCAAAGACCGUCUGUGCCAUGGGAGAACGGCACCCUGGCACCUGCGCACCCCCACCUCUGCACCGAGAGGGCUGACAGUCCCACGCCCGGCCUGGUGGAGGGUACAGAACCGGGCGCGGGUGAGAAAAACGCCAUGUUUGUCCACGCGCAGUCCUUCGAGGAUCUGACCGCGGAGGCCGAAGAGGCCCGCAAGGAGGCCGAGGCGUUGGGAUCCCGAGAGCGCGCCGAGGAUGCCGCAGCGCCGGUGGACGAGAAGAGCGUGGAGCAGCUCAACAUUCCCCCCGACUGCAGGAGCAAAGAGGAGGAUGUGUCCAGCGAGGCCUGGAGGAGCCACAAAAAGCACAUGUUUGUUCUGAGCGAGGCGGGGAAGCCCAUUUACACCCGCUAUGGCACCGAGGAGGCUCUGUCCAGCACCAUGGGGGUCAUGAUGGCCCUCGUAUCUUUUGUCGAGGCCGAGAACAACAUCAUCCGCUCCAUCCAUGCAGAUGGCUGCAAGGUGGUUUUCCUCAGCAAGAGUCCGCUGGUCCUGGUGGGCGUUUCCCGCGCCUGCCGCUCGGACAGAGAGCUGCUGAGGGAGCUGCGGUACGUCUACUAUCAGAUCGUCAGCCUGCUCACCCUCACGCAGCUCAACCACAUCUUCCGACACAAGCGCAACUACGACCUGCGGCGCCUGCUGGCCGGCUCCGAGUAUCUCACCGACAACCUCCUGCGUCGGCUGGAGCGCGACCCGGGCCCGCUGCUCAGCGCCGUCACCUGCCUGCCUCUGGCCGGCUCGUCCAGGGCCGUCGUUUCGUCCGGCCUGCAGGCGGCCAAGUCCAAAAACCUCGUCUUCUCCAUCCUGCUGGCCGGAGAGCGCUUGGUGACUCUGGUGCGCAAGAAGGACCAGUUCCUUCACCACGUGGACUUGCACCUGCUCUUCAAUCUGGUGGGCUCGUCUUCGUCUUUCCGAGAAGGCGAAGGCUGGACGCCCAUCUGCCUGCCAAAGUUCAACACGGCGGGAUUUUUCCACGCUCACAUUUCCUAUUUGGAACCUACGUCGGAGCUGUGCCUUAUCCUGGUCUCGACCGACCGCGAGGACUUUUUCAACAUGUCGGACUGCAAGCAAAAGUUUCUGGAUAGGCUGAGUAAGCGCACUGCUUACCAAGCCCUGAAGGAGGCGUUGAAGUCUCCGGGCUACUCCGUGGCACAAGUUGGCAUUCCGGAACUCCGCCACUUCAUGUACAAAUCAAAGAGCUCCGGGCUGUAUACCAGUCCCGAGUUUCCUUUGGUGUACCAGUCGGACGAAGAGCAGGGGAGGCUAAUGGCCUUGUACCAGGACCUUCACAGCUACGUGCACCAUCCGACCAGGCCCUUGCGCUCCUUCUACCGCUGCGGGGAAAGCGAAAACAUGAUGGCGUGGGUGACGAGCGGCUUUGAGCUUUACCUGUGCUUCAGUCCCCUGGGCACAAAGGCGUUGGCCAUUUCUGCCGUCAACAAACUGCUGAAAUGGAUUCGGAAGGAGGAGGAUCGCCUCUUUAUCCUGAGUCAUCUAACUUAUUGACGCUUGUCUGCCGAAAGCCCGAACGCCUUGACUCAGGACUACGCGUAAAUGACGCGUCAAAGCUAUGCACACCGCCGUUCCACCAAAUGAACGCGAUUGUUAAUGGAUCUUUGUGACUUUAUUGUGUUAUUUUUAUUCCUUUUAGAAGGGAUGACAACGGCAGCAUCCACACCCCAGCUUGCGUCACUUGGAAACCUUUUUUUUAAAUGGGAUGCAACCCUGCGGUUAAGCAUCAGCCAAAACUGGAAUCCUUCUGCUGUGACGCUCUAAGUUAUGACAUGCAUUCCUGUUUGUUUUGUUUUGCAAAUGAGUUGCAUCUUGCACCAAAUCACGCUCCAAAGAAAAAUGCCGUGGAUCACAGUUGUAAGUCUUAUCUUAAGCUGCCAUCUGUAUGCCUUUUAAUUUAAAUACACCUGCACUUGGGGGUGGAUGAAGACGCUUUCAUUCCAGCAGUCUAGUGGGGAUCAAUUAAGGUAUUAAAAUAGGGUGUCUUUCUGUUUGACUUUGCAAUAAAAUAGAACACCGAAA